CUAGAAGGAGUGCACAAAGAUUCCCCGUGCAAAGAAUCCCCGGAGGGGCCUGGCCAUGUUUCCAUGGAAACAGAGAGCAAGGGGAAGGGUAGCCACACCCCCAGGUUGGGCAAAAGAGGGUGUGCAAGUGAUUCGAGCAGCAGUAGUGAUAGUGAUGGGACGUCCCUCAGUGAUGAAGAUGAUGAGUAUAAUGGAGGUCAUGGAUUACCUGCCAAAACACCAUUAACAGCUUUCCUGUCUUUCAAGCAAGAGGCAGAAAAGAGAAGAGCUACUAAUUCUCCAGCAGAACCAAAUGAAAAGGUGACAGAGUCUCCAUUGCUGUCUGUGAUGACACACCUGCUGAGUUUCCUGGAGCAAUAUUCCCACUUGCAACAGCUGCAGCAGCAGGCAGAUCAGUACCGUCUGCAGCUGCGCAGACACCGCGUCCAGCACCGGCGGAAAAUGAAGGCCCUGCGUGCUUCCUACCGCCAGCGCCUCAGAGACAAGAAUAGUGUGAUUAACAGCCUGGAGGAAGUGAUCACUCAGCAGCAGAGCCCAUCAUCUGAUAUUGAGGGUGACUGCAUGCUUCCUGCAGCAUCUCCGGUUGGGUUGCAUAAGUUGGUUCAGUCCCUAUGCGGGCUGCAAGUAGAGAAGAGUCAGCUGAGAGGAGAGCUGCGAUUGCUUCAUUCCCAGCUUGACCAGAGAGAACGAGAUCGUCAUACUAAAGUACAGGCUUUCCAACAGCAGAUUGAUGAGCUGAAGAGCUGUAUUGAGGAAAGAGAAGAGGAGCUGUCCAAACUCAGAGUUGCAUCGGGAGUAACGGACUCAGAAAAACGAGUGCUUUGCUUAUCAGCAGAGAAUGAGAGUUUGAAACACAGCCUCACGGUGACACAGGGUCUUCUGCAGCAGCUGUCAGUCAUCCCAUCACAGUCCAGCUCUGUGCUCCUCAAGGAAAAUGAGAACCUGCGCAGUCGCGUUCUGCAGCUGGAGAGUUCACUGCAGCAGCAGGCAGAGCAGCUGUCACAUCUGGAGCACCAGAGGGAGCUAAGCGAAUGGAGAAAAGCAGAAGAGCUCAGGAGACGAGAGGAGUGCGUGAGAGAGCUGAAGCUCGAAUUGGACAAAGAACGCAACAAGGAGCCUGUGGUUAAAUAUGUUACUCAAACUGUGGAGAUAGAGUCACCUUCAACUCUACGCCAACUAUCCGAAGCCAGACAACAGAAUGAACAGCUUUCUGAGAAGCUAAGCAAUCAGAGAGAACGAUGCCGCCAUUUGGAGGAGAACAUCAGACAUUCAGAUGAAGUCAGCUGCAAUUUACAGCACAAGAUUGCUGCAUAUGAGAGGGAGAUUGGGACAUUAAGGGAAGAGCUGCUGAAGGAGAUUGGACAUCUUGAGGAAAAGAAAGAAGAGGCUGUGAAAGCGGCAGCUAACUGCUCUCAGGAGCAUCUCCAGAGCCUGCAGGAUCAGUUCACAACCCUCCAGAAGCGUCUGAGUGCUCUCCCUUCCACAUUACGCACCAUGAAGACCGAUUAUGCCAGCCUUCGCAGCCAGGUCCGCAACUUUUCUGACUUCUAUGGAACAGCUAUCAAAGAAGCCAAGAAACAGAUUAUGGCAGGUAUAAAUGAGAUGUCAGAGGCCAACAAAGAACUUAUGGAAAAAUACAGAAAGGAGGUAGCUCUCCGCAGGAAGUACCAUGAACAGCUAGUGGAGCUUAAAGGUAAUAUACGUGUGCUGUGCCGUGUAAAGCCAGUACUGAAGGAAGAUCAAGAUGAGGAAGGCCAAACAGUAGUUGUGACAACAGACCACAAUAAUGAAUCUGCACUUACAGUUUUAAGCAAAGGAAAGGCCAAAAACUUUGAACUGGAUAAAGUCUUUCACCCUCAGGCCACUCAAGAAGAGGUGUUCCAGGAAAUCGAGCCGCUCGUCACAUCCUGUAUAGAUGGAUAUCAUGUUUGCAUCUUUGCUUAUGGCCAGACAGGAUCUGGCAAGACCUAUACUAUGGAGGGUACUGUUGAGAACCCCGGCAUCAACCAACGAGCCCUGAAACACCUGUUCAAUGAGAUUGAGGAAAGAAAAGACAUGUGGACAUACACCAUCAGUGUCAGCUCAGUGGAAAUUUACAAUGAGGUCCUGAGAGAUCUGCUCAGUAAGGAUGGAGAGAAACUUGACAUCAAGAUCAACCCUGAUGGGACGGGUCAGCUCCAUGUGCCAGGACUCAGGGUCAUGGAGGUCAAAAGCUUCCAGCAUAUCAAGAAAAACCAUGCCAUAGCUCGAAAGAACAGGAUUACAUUUGGAACACAGAUGAACCAGCAUAGCUCUCGAUCUCAUGCUUUGCUCACUGUGACUGUGCUGGGCACAGACCUCGCCAGUGGAGCCAAAACAACCGGCAAGCUCAAUCUUGUGGAUUUGGCUGGUUCUGAAAGGGUGUGGAAGUCUGGGGCAGAGGGGGAGAGACUGAAGGAAGCCCAGAAUAUCAACCGCUCGCUGCUCGCUCUAGGAGAUGUGAUCCAGGCCCUGAAGGCCCACCAGACACACAUACCCUUCAGGAACUCACGACUCACCUACCUGCUGCAGGACUCACUGGGAAAAGGCAACAAAACCGCCAUGGUUGUUCAGGUUUCUUCUCUUGAGAGCAAUGUUGGAGAGACCCUGUGCUCUCUAAAGUUUGCCCAGCGAGUGUGUAAGGUGGAGCUGGGCCCUGCUGCACGAAAAAUCGAGACUGGUGGACAUAAUGAAAGCAAAAAUUAAUGCACACCAUCAACCCUCACAAGUAAACACCAGAAAUGGCAUCAACUCAAGUGCAGAUGGACAAGCUUUGCACUUUACAGCCCUUGGCUGAGGCUUCCAAUCCGACUUAAGGGCUACAGUUCUGGAAACAUCUGUGAUGCCACAUAAGUUCCAGUUUCUUCCGGCUACCCAGCGAUGGCUUUUCUCCACCAGCUGAUCUGCAUGUCAAAGUCUCACCAACACCAAUAUCGAGACUUAUGCUAUCUCUGUUAGCAUAAGUGCAAGGUAUCACAGAAAAUUCUCCACAGGGAAGACUGGUUAUGAUAUUUCAGAAAAACUUGCAUAAAAACUUGUGAAGUCACUACUCAAGAGGCCACAGUAUCUUAAUUGUGUAAUGCUUGAAGUUUUUACUUAUAUUUACUCAAAAACCUUGAAAUCAUUUGGUACAAUAUAUAGUCUAGGAAGUAAUGGCCGAAUAAUAUAUUUUUGUGUAUGAUUGGUGUGGACUUCUCUGAUUGUUACGUGUGUUGAACCAACCAGUCUGUCUUUUAUUAGGUUCAGAGGAUGUGACUUCAGCCAAACUGCACGAGAUCAGCAUUUGCUGAUUUUAUUUCUGACGGAACUGGCACGUUAGAAUUUCAAGAUCCAGGCUAAUAACCGAAAGGUCACAUUUUCAACCCCUAAAGUGGUGAUUCAUGAACUGGAUGGUUCUUGAUUUAUUUUGAUAGCACCACUGUCACUGAAGGAGGAAAUAAAGCCAGGAAUUGGAAAAGAAACCAUCUGCUAAAGAUAAGAACGAAUGUAUCUAUACUUCACAACAUUAUGUGCAAUAGCACCUCUUAGUGGUGAGCAUCUCAUUUUUAGGUUUUGGCCCAACAAAAUGUUACAAUAAAACAUUAA